CCUGUUCAAAACUGACAAGGCAGAACGUGAGAAAAGGUCAGCUGGGUGACUCAAUGAAGGCUUUAUAUAAGAGGUGCUUGCAGGAUGGGGAGAAUUUGCAGGGGGGUGACAUCCUCAGACCUGGUUCUUGGCACUGGGAAGAGUUGAUGCAAAGAAAUUCUGGGAGGCCAAAGAGGAGGCUUUGGGAAUUGUCCAGCAGAAACAGAGAAGUCUGACAGAGGUGGUGUCAAGACAAAAGAUGCUUCAGCUUUGGAAACUUGUUCUCCUAUGCGGCGUGCUCACUGGGACCUCCGAGUCUCUUCUUGACAAUCUUGGCAGUGACCUAAGCAAUGUUGUGGAUGAGCUGAAACCUAUUCUUCACGAUGGACUUGAGACAGUUGACAAUACUCUUAAAGGUGUCCUUGAGAAACUGAAGGUCGACCUAGGGGUGCUUCAGAAAUCCAGUGCUUGGCAACUGGCCAAGCAGAAGGCCCAGGAAGCUGAGAAAUUGCUGAACAAUGUCGUUUCUAAGCUGCUUCCAACUAAUACGAACACUUUGGGGUUGAAAAUCAGCGACUCCCUCAUCCUGGAUGUCAAAGCUGAACCAAUCGAUGGUGGCAAAGGCCUUAACCUGAGCUUCCCCGUCACCGCGGAUGUCACUGCAACCUUGCCCAUCAUUGGCCAGAUUAUCAACCUGAAAGCUUCCUUGGACCUCCUGACUGCAGUCAGCAUUGAAACUGAUCCCCAGACACAUCAGUCUGUUGCCGUCCUGGGAGAAUGUGCCAGUGACCCAACCAGCAUCUCACUUUCCUUGCUGGACAACCGCAGCCAAAUCAUCAACAACAUCGUGAAUAGAGUGAUCAACACGCUGAAAAGCACCGUAUCCUUCCUGGUGCAGAAGGAGAUAUGCCCACUGAUCCACAUCUUCCUCCACUCCCUGGAUGUGAAAUUCAUUCAGCAGAUCAUCGAUAAUCUUCAGCAUGAAACCCAGCUGCAAACCCACAUCUGAAGAGGAUGAAUGACAAGGACCACUGUGAUGCCUGCUGAUUGGUUCCCAGUGGCUUGCCCCACCCCCUUAUAGCAUCUCCCUCUGGGAAGCUGCUGCCACCACCUAACCAGCGUGAAAGCGUAAGUCCCACCAGAAGGACCUUCCUAGAUGCCCCUCCUGCUCACAGUCAGAACAGCAGUUUCUACACAUACUCUCCUGCCCCUGGCAAUAAAGGCCCAUUUCUGCACCCUU